GCAGCCCCGGGAGACGCUGCCCCUCCGGCUCCGCUCGGGCCGCCGCCUGGAGCAGCCCCGGCACAGAUCCUGGCCAUGUUGGCGUUUUUGGUACUGCUGUGUCAACUGCAUGUGAUGAUGUUCGCGUUUCCUCACUGCCCUGGGAGAUUAAGUAACUUGAAGCAACCUGAAUGGAAAGACGUGUUCACCUCUGAAAAGGAGGCCAAUUUAUUCAUCGGACGACACCUUCUGAACAACAGAUUUGAUUUCGAAGUAUUCACGGCAGAUAACCUGGAGAGAGAAUGCUAUGAAGAGCUGUGCAACUAUGAAGAAGCAAGAGAAAUUUUUGAAGACCACGACAAAACGAUGGAUUUUUGGAAAGACUAUUCAACUAAAGGCCCUAAAAUAAAAAUAGGAGAUGAGACACUACAAAAGAUCAAUGUCACAGGACUUCUCAUCAGUCUCGUUGCUGCUGGAGUACUGUUGGUUAUAAUUGCACUGAUUGUCUUCUACUGCUGCAAAAGCAGAUGCAAAUCAAGGCAACCUCCAGGGUACUUGGAUUACGUCGGGAGCAGACGACGUGGCUCAGCCAACAUCUUCAGAAGGCACGAGGAGUUUUCUUUAAACCCACUUCCUCCCAGAACUGAUGAUUCAGGACUGCCCACUUACGAGCAGGCAGUGGCUUCAGACGGACAGCACAACGUGCCACCCCCCCCUUACCCAGGGCCCCCCAGGGGGACGUGGGUGUUCAGAAAGUCGAUGUCCCUUCCUGCCCCCUAA